AUGAACAUCUCGUCCAUGUUAUCGGUUGACAAUAAUAACGUUGCCUCUGAGAAACAAGCCAAGACAACUACUGAUGUACAGCUGGAGAAUCAACCUCCCGUAUUGUCAUCAGCAUUAAAUUCAAGUUCACCAUCGGCAGGAGGAGGGCUCCAGAAAGAUCAAGCUUCUGAAAAUUCAACUAGCCAGGCAGAAACAUCACAAACAGUACCAACCACUAUAUCCACGAGUGUUGUUGAUCAAAUAGACCACCUGGUUGCAAAUAAUAACUCUGCUCAUCAUCCCAAUAUCCUGUCCCCACUAAAGCACAUGAAUGGAAAUAUCCCAUCUCAUCAGGAAUCUGAUUCAAUAGUGGCCGGGAUACUACCAAGUAGUUAUGAGUUCACGAGUUCUACAUUCACUCCUUCGAUUGAUCAGAAAUAUAAGGCUACAUUUGAAAAUAAUGUCAAUAUAAUUAAUAAGUUGGAUCAUUAUCAACAAGUAAGUCAUAAUUUGAAAUUAUUAAAAUUUGAUGAAGCCAAACUCAAUAAUUACCUUAUAAGCACGGGCCAGUUCGCUUCAAAUUACAUUGAUAGAGUGGUUGCAGAGGAUAUUUCGUCAAGGAAUAACAAAAUUAGUGAUACAAACAAAAAUAAAGAGUUGAACCACAUAGACUACUCUAAACCAUUGCACCACAACAGCACCAGAGGUAAAGAAUUCAAAUGGGGAUCCACUAGAGAAAUCCACAAAGUUGACAACAAGACAAGAAGGAGAAGAACAGCUGCCACAGAUGACGCAUCCAAAAAUACAGCAUCUAAUGGUACUAAAGACCAUGCACAUACUAACUCUGUCGGUACAGUGACUAAUAACUCACCACAUCUCAAUGACAGCCAGUCCGCACAUGAUAAACAAGUGUCACAAUCCAAAAACCAUCUGAAAAAUAAGCAAUCGCUGCUGCUGCAUCAACUGCCGCAACAACAACCUAUUCUCAUCAAACCCAAAGGUGCCGGUGUUCAAGGACAAUUUGAAUUACAGCCUAGACGUAGCAGUCGUCCAAAGGUUAAAAGAAAGGCUUUUGAGGAUGAAGAGGUAGAAACCAAACAAGAUUCAGAAGUAAUUAAGAAUGAGGAAACGCCUGAAGCUGUUUCUGGUGGAGAUUUGAAGCGAGCAAAGGUGGAAGAAGAAGGUAAAGUUAAAGCCGUUGUUUCGCCAGCCGCUGCCGCAGGAAUGACUGCCAAAGAAUACAAAGCAUUCAUGAGGCAAUAUGAUAAUACGUAUAUUGCCAUAUGGAAAGAUAUGUCAAGAAAAGAUGGACCUAAAGUCAGUAGGUUGAUGCAGCAAUCCACUCAAGCUAAACUCAUCAAUCUUAGAAAGACGUGUAUCUUGGCCGCUAGAGAAGCCAAGAGAUGGCAAUUAAGAAAUACCAAGAAUCAAAAGGAUUUAACAACCAAGGCUAGAAGAGCAAUGAGAGAAAUGUUCAAUUUCUGGAAACGUAAUGAAAGAAUUGAACGUGAUUUAAAGAAGAAGCAUGAAAAGGAAUUGCUAGAUAAGGCAAAGAAAGAAGAAGAAGAGAGAGAAGCUAAGAGACAGGCAAGAAAAUUGAAUUUCUUGAUUACCCAAACAGAGUUGUAUUCUCAUUUCAUUGGUAAGAAAAUUAAAACUGAUGAAAUUGAAGGUUCAGAUGCCGAUGGUAAGUUCAAACAAGAAGAUAAGCAACACUUGGAUAAAUAUGUUGGUGUUGAUGGAUCAGCUUCUCAUGAUAUAAAUUCCCUUGACUUUGAUAAUGAUGAUGAAGAUGCCUUGCACAGAAUGGCUGCUGAAAAUGCUCAAAAUGCUCUUGUAAAUGCUCAAAACAAAGCCAGGCAAUUUGAUAAUGAUGAACCAUUUAAAAAUCCCGAUACAAAUGGGGAAGAAAUGAACUUCCAAAAUCCUACAUUGUUGGGAGAUAUUACAGUGCCACAGCCAGAUAUGUUGAAAUGUACUUUGAAAGAAUAUCAAUUGAAAGGUUUGAAUUGGUUAGCAAAUUUGUAUGAGCAAGGUAUUAAUGGUAUUUUAGCUGAUGAGAUGGGUUUGGGUAAAACUGUCCAAAGUAUAUCAGUAUUGUCUUACUUGGCCGAAACUCAUAACAUAUGGGGUCCAUUUUUAGUUGUUACUCCUGCAUCUACAUUACAUAAUUGGCAACAAGAAAUUACCAAAUUUGUUCCUGAAUUUAAAGUCUUGCCAUACUGGGGUAAUGCUAAAGAUAGAAAAGUCUUGCGUAAGUUCUGGGAUAGAAAAAGUGUUAGAUACGGCAAAGAUGCACCUUUCCAUGUUUUGGUUACAUCUUAUCAAUUGAUUGUUGCUGAUAUUGCAUAUUUCCAGAAAAUGAAGUGGCAAUAUAUGAUUUUGGAUGAAGCUCAAGCUAUUAAAUCAUCCUCUUCGUCAAGAUGGAAGUCAUUGUUGUCGUUAUCCUGUCGUAAUAGACUUUUGUUGACAGGUACACCAAUUCAAAAUUCCAUGCAAGAAUUGUGGGCUCUUUUGCAUUUUAUUAUGCCAACGUUAUUUGAUUCGCAUGAUGAAUUUAGUGACUGGUUCUCCAAGGAUAUUGAAAGUCAUGCCCAGUCAAAUACUAGUUUAGAUGAACAACAAUUACGAAGAUUACAUAUGAUUUUGAAACCAUUUAUGUUGAGAAGAAUUAAGAAGAAUGUGCAGAGUGAAUUGGGGGAUAAAGUAGAAGUGGAUAUUUUCUGUGAUUUGACUACAAGACAAAAGAAAUUGUACCAACAAUUGAGAUCUCAAAUAUCAAUCCUGGAUUCUGAUUUACUUGACUCUGCCACUGCAGGUACAGAUAGUUCUUUAGCAAAUAUGGUUAUGCAAUUCAGAAAAGUUUGUAACCAUCCAGAUUUAUUUGAAAGAGCUGAUGUGAAGUCCCCAUUUUCGUUUGGUAAAUUUGCUGAAACUGGAUCAUUCUUGCGUGAAUCUAAUGAAUUGGAGAUGGCUUAUUCAACGGAGAACAUUGUUGACUAUCAAUUACCUCGUCUAAUCUAUGAUGAACUUUUAUGUCCAAACUAUGAGAAAAACACUCUUGAUUCAGUAUAUGAAAAGUUCAGCAUAUACAAUCCUGAAAAUACUAAAGAACAUGGAUGGUUGAAGUCAAUCAAUGUAUCCCAAGGUGAACUUAAACAAUUGUCGCAGAAGGACAUUCUUUCGCGUGCUAUAGAGUUGCAAAGUUAUUCACCUAAUGAUGAUGAUGAUAAUAAUAGCAAUUUGCUUGGUAGAUUACACUACCUAUAUGAAGAUGAUUUUGUUCCAGAAAAUAAAAAAUUAUUAAUUACAGAGUAUAACAAUCAACCACAUUCAAACUCAUCAGUACUUUCUGGUUUAUAUUCAGUGGUUGAUAAAGUUGCUCAAGACAUGUACAUGAAUAAACUUGAACCAGCAGCCACUCCACUUGCAUCUGCUCCACCAAUUACAGUUAAUUGUUCGUCACUGAACUUUGCUAAUAGGAUCAAGACUACUUUAUUUGAUCCUAAUAUCAGAGCAUCAUUGGUACCAUUGCCAUUGUCAACCGAAGUAGAAUUGAUGAAACGUGAAGUCCCAUUAGAUCAUUAUCCAAAAUCUAAUUUGUUGCCAGUACCAACUUUUGAUUAUUCCAACAUUCGUAUGCCUUCUAUGGAAAGAUUUAUUGCUGAAUGUGGUAAAUUGGCCAAACUUGAUGAAUUAUUGGUGGAUUUGAAAAAGAAUGGUCAUAGAAUUUUGAUUUAUUUCCAAAUGACUCGUAUGAUGGAGAUUUUCCAGGAAUAUUUAGCAUUCAGAAAUUAUAAAUUCAUGAGAUUAGAUGGUUCUACCACGAUUGAAGCAAGAAGAGAAUUGGUUACGCAAUGGCAAACCAAUCCAGAAUUUUUCAUUUUCAUGUUGUCUACAAGAGCUGGUGGGUUAGGUUUGAAUUUAACUUCAGCAGAUACUGUUAUUUUCUAUGAUUCUGAUUGGAAUCCAACGGUUGAUGCACAAGCAAUGGAUCGUGCUCAUAGAAUUGGUCAAACUAAAGUUGUCACCGUUUACAGAUUACUUACGAAAAAUACUAUUGAAGAAAGAAUUAGACAAAAGGCACAAAACAAAGAAGAAAUACAAAAAUUGGUUAUCAAUCAAUAA